AGGCCUGUACAUUACUCUACUUGCUCACCAAAAGCCACGGAGUUGUUUUCUUUUUGCGUCGUCUAACUGUGUGUACAUAGACUGCCACUCCACGCGACCUGGUAGGUCACUUAUCCCUGUGUUGACCCAGAUUUCUAGACUCAGUAUAAUGGCGGACUAUAUUAUCAGAGAUGCCCGAGUUGAAGAUUGUGGCGAGAUAUUCCUAAUGUUAAAGGAACUCCAAGAACAUCUCAAGUUCCUGGACCACAUGACGCUGGAGGAGGAGGCUGUGAAGAACGAUGGCUUCGGUGAAGACAAAUUCUUUCAAUGUAUCGUGGCCGAAGAGAAACCGUCGGGAGAAGCUGAGCCAGCACUGGUAGGGUACUUGUUGUACUGCUGGUCGUACACCACCUCCGCAGGCCGAAUGAUGGUUGUACAGGAUUUUUAUGUUCGUCAAACCUACAGGUCGCAAGGGACGGGCUCGGCACUGUGGGCCCAUGCCACCAAGGUUGCCCUAGAGAAGGGAUGCAGGAAAGUAGAGUGGAUAGUCCACGAUUGGAACGUAAAGGCAAUAAAGUUCUACAAGAAGUUGGGAGGUGUGGAUAUGUCUAAGGGCGAAGGUUGGCUGGUGUACAGGCUUGAUGUUAAUGCCAUGAGAUCUGUAGUAGCCACAGACACAGUAAACAAACAGUAACGUGCAGACAGAACACCCCCUUCAGGAAUUCCGUGUUCAGUCAUGUGUGGAGUGACGAAUGUACCUUACACACAUCGUUCACAGUGUGUUGAACAGGUUCAUGUGUGGUGUUACUCUUCGUAUAGACGUGUUGGGGGAGCACAUUAGACAGUACAUCAGUAAGCGUUAAAUUAAUGCAACAAUGAUUUGUAAAUAUAUGUAGAGGCUGGAUAUUUUGCCCCAGUUCUGAAUACCUGGCUUUUUACAAAUUGUAAAAUAGGGGGCUCAAGGUACGGAUUCUAUGGAUUCCACAGUAACAGCUUUUAGCCAAUCACCUGGGGCCAUGUGGUCACAUGACAAGGACAUGUUUACAUCCGGUGCAGCCAUUUUGUAAUGCAACCGGAAGAGUGCUGAAGAGUGCUGAGGAUAGCUGAACAUAACCAAAAGAUAAGAUGUGCAUCCCAGUGCAGAGGUCAAGAGUCGCCAGUGGGUGGGUUUGCCACUAAAUACUUUCAGAUUGUACCAGGGUGCAUUGAUUGAGCACAUGGUUUAGAAACAAAGACAAUGAUACUGCCACGUUUGAAGUUAGAGUGAAAUGGCAACAGAAUUUUGUUGUAAACAGCAACAACAAUUUGAAAUAAGUGGAACUUUGAAUUCAGCAGAUGUACUUUCAAACACAAAGUUUACUUUGUUGAAGUUGAUGUAAAACAAGACAAUAGAUAAAUCCCAUUUAUUCUUGCCAUUGUGUGCACUUUUGGACAGACGCAGAUGAGUGACAUUUGUCAGUUUGGCACAGCAAGAAUGGCUGACCACAGUGACCAAACACUUGUUAAUGAAAUCACAAGUCUUACUCAUGCUAACGAAAUACAUAUGCAUUGGAAUUACCUACAAUUGCAUUCUAUAGGCCUAGUUGCAGUCUGGGUGAACUGGUGCUCUUACCUAAAACAAAAUCCACAUACAAGGAUGGAGAUGUAAUGCCAAGGCAGAGCAUACAGAAAUUGGCUGCUGAAACAUUUAGAGGUUCCAUGGUGGCCCUGGCCCAUGUCAUGUGACCAUAUACCCCCAUGCUAUUGGCUAAAAGCUGUUGCUAUGGAACCUAUGAGAGCAGUAAAGUAGUCAAGGUGCGGGAUGGUCCAGUUACUCUGGACAGGGAACUGGGGAACAAUAUCCAGCCUUUACACUUAGAAGCAGAGUUCAUUAUACGACUAACCUACCUUCAUACUGAGGAUAGUAAAUUACUAUCAGUUCAAUUCAAUCCAAUUCAAUUCAAUUCAAUUUAGUGGUUUAUUGCUUGAAAGUCCACUGGCCCAUUUACACAUGAGCUACAUGGACAUGAAGUUGAUUAACAAAUAUUGUUGUACACAGAGUAUCAAUACAACAACUGACGUAACAUGAAUGUAUGAUGACUGUAUAAAGAUACUUGCUAUUGAA